AUGAGCUGGAAAGCCGGGGUCCAAGAGCUGAACCCCGAGCACAUAGGCACAAAUAGACCUUCAGACCCUUUCACAGACCUUCAGAACCUUUCACAGACCUUCAGACCCUUUCACAGACCUUCAGACCCUUUCACAGACCUUCAGAACCCUUCACAGACCUUCAGAACCCUUCACAGACCUCCAGAACCCUUCACAGACCUUCAGAACCCUUCACAGACCUUCAGAACCCUUCACAGACCUUCAGAACCCUUCACAGACCUUCAGAACCCUUCACAGACCUUCACAGACCUUCAGAACCCUUCACAGACCUUCAGAACCCUUCACAGACCUUCAGAACCCUUCACAGACCUUCAGAACCCUUCACAGACCUUCAGAACCCUUCACAGACCUUCAGACCCCUUCACAGACCUUCAGAACUAUUUCACAGACCUUCAGAAACCUUCACAGACCUUCACAGACCUUCAGAACCUUCACAGACCUUCACAGACCUUCAGAAACCUUCACAGACCUUCAGAACCCUUCACAGACCUUCAGAAACCUUCACAGACCUUCAGAAACCUUCACAGACCUUCAGAAACCUUCACAGACCUUCAGAACCUUCACAGACCUUCAGAAACCUUCACAGACCUUCAGAACCCUUCACAGACCUUCACAGACCUUCAGAACCUUCAGAACCCUUCACAGACCUUCAGAACCCUUCACAGACCUUCAGAACCCUUCACAGACCUUCAGCUUCAGACCCCUUCACAGACCUUCAGAACCCUUCACAGAGCUUCAGACCCAGAACCCUUCACAGACCUUCAGAAACCUUCACAGACCUUCAGAAACCUUCACAGACCUUCAGAACCCUUCACAGACCUUCAGAAACCUUCACAGACCUUCAGAACUCUUCACAGACCUUCAGAACCCUUCACAGACCUUCAGAAACCCUUCACAGACCUUCAGAACCCUUCACAGACCUUCAGAACCCUUCACAGACCUCCAGAACCCUUCACAGACCUUCAGAACCCUUCACAGACCUUCAGAACCCUUCACAGACCUCCAGAACCCUUCACAAACCUCCAGACCCCUUCACAGACCUUCAGAACCCUUCACAGACCUCCAGAACCCUACACAGACCUCCAGAACCCUUCCUGUAGGCGUGCCGGCUGA